AUGAAAUUACCGCUGCGCCUAAGAUGCCUUGGGCUCUUUCUUUCGUUCCUCCCCUCGUUUCCAUGGGUCACCCCGUACGGUGUCAAAACUUCGCUCCGUCUUCCAAUUUGUUCGAAAAUUUGUCCUCGACUUCAGUCCGUUACACUUCGGGGUGAUCGGAUAGUUUUGCUCUCAGAAUCCCGCAACAAGGCGUUUCCUCAACAAACACCGCAUUCGGGUCGCCACUUUGAGCCUAAUCAUCCUGCUUAUCGACGAAGAUGGUUGGCAAGAAUACGAGCUCGUCGAAGACGCUUCAUGGAAGGCUGGUUUUACCGAUUGACUUUGUCGGAAGGCGUGAGUUUUUCCAUCAUCGUUUCAAUCGAAGACGUCAGCAACCCGAAGUCAGGUCUAGGGUUGGUGUGCGUUCAAAUUCUGGGACCCGAUGGCGGCUAUUUGAUCCAGGCCGAUAAGGACGACUCUAAAUUCUGGGCGCACAAAUCCCGACAAGGACUCGGCAACGUCUUUGACUACCAAAGGCAAUACACCGAAGACAAUGGCAUCCGUGUCCGGACGGAACUUACGCAGGAUGAAUGGUACAACGCUGUUGAGUCCGGCUUUCAAAUCUCACCAACAGAAUUCGUGGGGCGUCUCCGGGGAUAUAAUGGGUCAAUCCAAAAUCUGACUUUGGGUGAAUCCUUCGCGGAUACGGAUCCAAAUAUGAUGUGCGAUUUUAAUUUCACGGUUGUGCCCCUUUGCGGAUGGGGCGACGCAGAUGGUAUUCAAAAGAGUACCGGUGGGUGGUUGUCUUCUUAUCGAGUUUUUGAUCCACACUGGCAAGUCACGUUAGCGGAUGCCCGUGCUUCUGGUCAGAUUAUGUGGAACGGUAAAGUGUACCACUUUGCACAGGCUCCAUUCUAUGCAGAAAAGAACUGGGGAGCCGCCUUGCCACCGAAAUGGUUUUGGACGCAGUGCAAUUCUUUCGAUGGCUACAACCAAUUGUCGGUCACAGCAGGAGGGGGGAUUCGGAGCAUUCCAUGGGGACGCAAAGAAGCUUUAGGAAUGAUUUGCGUGCAUUUUGAUGGCAUGUUUUUUGAGGCAGUUCCAUGGUCUGGCCACAUGGAAUGGCAAGUUUCUACUUGGGGCAUUUGGAAAUUAUCCGGAAACUCAACCUUCGGAUCCAGGCCCUUUGCGAUAGAAGUGACGUAUGAAUGCGAUGCCGAGAAAAUUCCUGGUCUAGAUUUCCGGGCACCGACUCCAGACGAAGGCAUGGUCUUUUUUUGUCGAGACACCUUUGUGGCCAAUACGACCCUGACACUUUGGGAACUGGAUUGGAAUGUGACAACUAAAAGCUAUUUUCGUAAACCGGGGCCACCGCUCAUCGACAGGGCCACAAGUAGCCAGGGUGGAGCCGAAAUCGGCGGAGGUCCCUGGUGGUCGACAUGGGAGGCCACGUCCGUCGUCAAACAGCCCCUCAAGGCGCUUCUCCAAAUACCCGCGCGCGUCCAAAACUAUCGCAGAAAGAGAUCGCAAGCCUGGUCUGCAAUGAGCACUGAAGAAAAUUCGAAGUAA